AUGGGAUCACCUGCUGCUUUCCCUCAGUUUCUAUACAGCAAAACAAAAUCAAUGGGCACCCUAGAAACGCAGUGGAUGCAGGAACAUACUGUGCAGCAAGGUGCUGAAUGUAAGCAUGCAGAAUCACCAUGUUCUAUUCUUACUGUAAGAAUUAUACGAAUGCGAAAUCUUUCCCGGGAAGAUUAUUUAAGUGAAACAGAUUGUUAUGUGACCUUGUGGCUGCCUACUGCCUCGUCUGAAAAGGUUCGAACUAAAACGGUCAGGAACUGCAAAGACCCUGUGUGGAAUGAAAUGUUUUACUUCAGGAUCCAGAGUCAGGUUAAGAAUGUCUUGGAAUUGGCUGUAUGUGAUGAAGAUGUCAUUCGAGAUGAUGAUUACUGUAUCAUUUUAUUUGACAUAGCUAAAGUCCCUCUAGGAGAAACCAUCUUUAUGAAAUUUGAAUUGAAUCCCCAUAAACAUGAAGAAUUGGAGGUUGAAUUUACCCUGGAGAGCAUAUGGGGUCCACCUGAAAAAAUAAUAACUAAUGGAGCAGUGGUGUGCCGUGAAUGUUGCUCAUUGGAGGUUCAGGUGGACCUUAAGAAAAAGAAGAAAAAGUAUUUUAAACAACAACAUGUCAAGUGUACAUUGAAAGGAUCCUUUGAAGAGACCCAAAAUACUUUGCUAGCCUGUACCUCCAGGUUACAUUUCACGGAGCCUGCUGUCUUCCACUUUGCCAAGCAUAAUCAAGGAGUACUGGAUAUUCUACUUCCAAGGAAGCGACCACUAGUUUCCUUGUGUGCUUGUGUGUCUUGUGGAGCAAAUGUACCAAGAAACAUGAAUGUGACUCUGCCUGUGAAUGCAUUUCCCAUCAAUCAGGAAGUAAUAAAAGAGGACAAAGAAUGCAAUUUACAGUUCAAAGUAAAGAACUGCACAUCAGGGCCAGAUAUACGCUUGGGCUUUGAUCUCUGCCCAGAAGAAAAGGAAUUCCUACAGAAACGGAAGAAAGUAGUUGCUGCUGCUUUGAAAAGAGUCCUUCAGCUUGAGGAAGAUCUGCAGGAUGAUGAGGUGCCUGUGGUGGCAAUUAUGACAACUGGUGGUGGGAUGAGAGCCCUUACAGCAUUGUAUGCCCACUUGCUGAUUAUGCAGAAGUUAGAUGUUCUGGACUGUGUGUCCUACUUCAGUGGUUUAUCUGGCACAACCUGGACAAUGUCCAAUCUAUAUAAUGAUCCCAACUGGUCACACAAGGAUUUGGAAGUGCCACUCCUGGAUGCCAAAAAACAUAUGAAUAAAAACAAGUUCUUUGCCAGUUUUGCCCCAGAACGCCUGAAAUACUAUGUAAAGGAGCUGCGGCAGCGGUCUCAAGAAGGACACAUUAUAUCAUUUACAGAUCUCUGGGGACUCAUUAUUGAGGCCAUGCUACAUGAUGGGGAAGUUCAUCAGAAACUCACAGAUCAGAAGCAGGCAUUGAAUCAUGGCCAGAACCCUCUGCCUGUAUACCUUUGCCUCAAUGUCAAAGAGAAAGUAAACAGUCGGGGGUUUAGAGAAUGGCUGGAGUUCACUCCGUAUGAGGUGGGGUUUCAAAAAUAUGGAGCCUAUAUCCGUGCUGAACAUUUUGGCAGUGAAUUCUUCAUGGGCCAUUUGAUGAAGAAAAUCCCAGAAUCACGGAUCAGCUUCUUGGAAGGUAUCUGGAGUAGUGUAUUUUCUGUGAAUCUGAUGGAUGCGUGGUUUCAGGCUGUUAGUGAAGAGGAUUUUUGGCAGAUAUGGACCCGAGACAGAGUAACUGACAUUGAUGAGUAUUUUCAUUACAUGCAGGCAUAUAAACUACCAACUCGUAUGCAGAGUCCUCCAGACAGCCUUGCCAAUGUUUUUCAAGAUAUAAUUACGUGGCGUCCUGCAGUUUCAGUAGUCCCCAAUUUUUUGAAAGGCUGCCCAAUGCACAACAAGUAUCUAGAGAGUGAAUUUUCAAACUGGAAAGACUGUGACCUUGACAGUUUUCCUAACCAGCUAACAGGGGCAGAAGAUUUCCUGUAUUUGAUAGAUAAUGCAUUUGCCUUGCAAAGUAGCUAUCCACCACUCAUGAGGCCUGAGAGAAACGUAGAUCUCAUCAUACAUUUAAAUUACAGUACAGGAUCACAGUUGGAGGCUCUGAUAGAAGCUUCUGAAUAUUUCUCAGAACAAGGAAUUCCAUUUCCAAAAAAUGUCCCAAGCAAAGAAGAAGAAAAAGAGUUAAAAGAAUGCUACUUGAUAGGCGAACAAGAAGGUGCUGAAAUUCCAUUAGUGCUUCUUUUCCCCUUAGUUGCCAGCUCCUUCAGAGAGUACAAAGCACCUGGUAUAAAACGUAGUCCUGAGGAAACGGCAGAUGGCAUUAUUGAUAUGACUAGUGUCUUUUCUCCUUAUGAUAUAAAUACGUUGCGCUAUUCUGAGGAGGAUUUUGAAAAGCUGGUAAAACUGAGUCAGUACAACAUAGAAAACAACAAAGAUAUGAUAAUUAAUGCUUUGCGUAUAGCUGUAGAACGGAAAAGGCAAACUGAAAAAAGUUAGCAGCUUCAUCCAUGGUUAUAAUAUCUGAAUUUUAUAACAUAAAUAGACUCAAACCUUUCACAUACUGUCCAGCUUUAUGAAAUAAUAGAAGCACCUUAUUCCAGAAGGAAAGUAAAACUAAUCAAAAGGUAUUAAAGACAUGGCCCAAUUUGUUCUAACUGGACAAUAUAAUAAUGUAAUAAAAAGAUGAAACAAAUGUAAACACAGAACUAUUAUUUUAAUUAUUAUAGUUAGCACAGGUAUCUUGUUCUGUAAUAUAUGCAUGCAGAACUUGUCUCCUGGAAGCCUCCUGAAGUGCUUUGAACAUGUUAUGGCAAAAAUACACUAUGAAUAAAACUUCUUGUGGCUUACAA